CACAGCUCUAAAAAUACCCCUCUGCCCUUGUAAUGAUGAUGGGAGUGUCCUGCUGGAUGCUGAGGGUCUAUAACAUCGCCUUCCAAGGUGUCCAGACACAGUUGGGGCUUUUUAAAUGGGAAUUAAAGCCACAUCGGCUCAAAACUAACAGUACUUCAACAUGGAAGGUUCGCCAUUUGUGGAAGAUACAGGGGGUGAACAUGAAAAGGAGAAAGAUGAGGCUGAAGAAAAGGAAGAAGAAAACAAAGAUGAUCCACAAACGAAAUUAACUGAGGGAAAGCAACAAAAACUGGCCACCUGGGGUCCAUGUUUUUAUAACAGAGUGGGCAAAGAAGUGUACAACUACGUCGGCCAUGAGAUAGUCAUCGAAGAGGGUCUGGACUCAUAUGCAGGCAUGAUAUGGCCCGGGGCUUUAGCUCUCUGCCACUACCUGGAUACUCAUCGGGAUCAACUUAAUCUCACAGACAAAGCUGUGCUGGAAAUCGGAGCAGGAACUGGCCUUGUGUCUGUGGUCGCGGCACUUCUCGGUAGUUGGGUCACUGCUACAGACCUUCCAGAGGUUUUAAACAACACCAGAGUAAAUCUGAGCAGGAACACCAGGGGCCGCUGCAGACACACACCUCAGGUGGCCCCUCUGACCUGGGGCUACGACCUGGAGCACACCUACCCCCCACCUGUCUACAGGUACGACUACGUGUUGGCAGCCGACGUCGUUUACCAUCACGACUUCCUGGAUGAGCUCUUGGUCACUAUGAAGCAUUUCUGCAAACCCGGAACAACACUGAUCUGGGCCAACAAGGUCAGGUUUGAGACUGAUCUGGUGUUCACUGAGAACUUUAAAAAAGCUUUUCACGCAAGUUUACUGACUGAAGAAGGGGAAAUGAAGAUAUUCAUGGCAACAAGUAGGGAAGGAGAUUUUGAAAUGGAUCAGAAGCUCGAAAUAAAAGAUCUGUUGGGAGACGAGGAUGAGAAGACUGGAGAGGAAGAAAGCUGUGAUGACAAACUGUACUGUGCCUGUCAGGAGGUGGGGUCUGAUAGACUGGAAGAUAGUGGAGAACAGGAGGUAGAAGAAGAAAAAAAGCUCAAAAGUGAGGAAGAGGAAACGGUGACCUCAGAAGACAGUAAAACUGAUGAACAGAAGGAGAUUGUUGAAAGCAUUUCUGAGCAGGAGCAUCUGAACCAGACAGCCGUACGGCGGAACUGGGCUCCAAGCAUCAUAUGCCGCCCUGACAAAGACAUCUACCACUACGUAGGACAGGACAUCGUCAUAUAUGAGUCUAUUGAUUCAUUCGGAGCAAUGAUGUGGCCAGCUGCACUGGCUUUGUGCUCCUACCUUGAAAACAACAAACACACAGUGGACCUGCAGGGAAAAGAGGUGCUGGAACUAGGAGCAGGAACUGGAUUGGUAGCCAUAGUGGCCAGUCUACUGGGAGCUUCGGUCACAGCCACAGACCUUCCAGAGGUGUUAGGUAACCUCCGAGCCAACUUGAUGAGGAACACCAGGGGCCGCUGCAGACACACACCUCAGGUGGCCUCUCUGACCUGGGGCUACGAUAUGGAGCACGCCUACCCUUCACCUGUCUGCAGGUACGACUACGUGUUGGCAGCCGACGUCGUUUACCAUCACGACUUCCUGGAUGAGCUCUUGGUCACUAUGAAGCAUUUCUGCAAACCCGGAACAACGCUGAUCUGGGCCAACAAGGUCAGGUUUGAGACUGAUCUGGUGUUCACUGAGAACUUUAAAAAAGCUUUUCACACAAGUUUACUGACUGAAGAAGGGGAAAUGAAGUUAUUCAUGGCAACAAGUAGGGAAGGAGAUGGAAGUGACAGGAACAGACUGAGCAGGCCCACUGGGUGCAGGCUGAAAGCCUGAGGAAGUUUAAAGACUGUAUCUGGAUGCCCACUGACUUGUUCAAAUGCUGGCUUAAACUCAUUUUUACAAAUGUUUCCUGCUUUUAAUCCGUUUUACUUCAGUUUCUCAUUUCCUGGUGUCUAUCAUCAGGAGUUUUUUUUUUAUUAACCUCUGAAUAUUUGUUAUAAUGGUUUUGAUUUGUACAAAUAAUGCUAAUCUUUGAAGGUUUACCAUAAACUACAGAUUUCCAUUUUCAUUUCUGUUUUAACAAAACAUUUUUUGUUGUUCUUGCUCUGUUUAGGUCAUGCUUGAUCAGAUACUGUUGUAAAUUUAGCAAAAUAUUGCACUAAUGGUCUCCCAGUGUCUGCCUAGUUCUCAGGCUGCAAAAUUAUCCCGAAUCAUUACUUCUCUACCAACAUGCUUGGCUGUUGGUAAGCUCCGUUAGCUUAUACCAAACAAGGCUACAGCCGGAAAGUUGAGGGUUUAUCUGUGCAAAAGACUUUGCCCCAAAAAUUUUUUGGAUCACUCAGAUGUCACCUAAAAACCUUCUUCUGCUUCAGUUUUUAUUUUGACAGAGGAGGGAUUUUUUUUUUUUUUUUUUUGGGAACCUUUCCAUAAAAAAAAAAUCUGACUCGUUCUCUAUUUUUCUAACAUAUAUCUGAGAUCAGGGUCAUAAUCAUCUUUUUCAGCACUGGUUCCGCCAAUCCUGUGGUGAAUUUGUUGUAACAUCAGCGCCUAAGAUGGACAAUGUCGCAAACGAUCUGCAUAAACACUUUCAUUUGCAUAAAAAUAACAUUAGAACCAUUCCUAGAUAAGAAAAUGCUUUAAGGCACACAUUUGGGUUGAAAUUAAUACAAACCUUUGUGUUAUACACCAGCAAACUGCCAUAAACUGGGGGGGGGUUCAGGGUUGCUGGUGAUUGGUUAAUUAAAACCCAAAGAAAGAUUUAAGUUUUAACUCUUUAUUGUCCAAGUUGCCAUUUAUUGGUAACAUGAAAAUAAACACCACGUUCAGCAAACAAGGUAAAAUCGUGAAACAAAUGUGUCCUAGGGGGGCCGGCAAGAUGCGCCUCAUCAACGUUGUUCUGACGGUUAUAUUUUAAUGAAAAAUGUUUUACCUUCUUUCUUUUUCACAAAUUUCUUAUAGAGACACUUUGUUUUUUUAUGCAUGUUAGGAAAAUGAGUAUUUCUGUAAUACCUUUGACCUUGAUUUAUGCAGUGGUAAAGUUAUUACGUCUUGUUCUGUAUUCUAAUAGAACUCUUAAGUUUACAUUUUUAAUUUCCAAGUAUUUGACAGAGAUUAAACAAACAAAUACUGCAGAAUGGGAGAACAGUGAUAGAACAAUCAUCUGAUAUAAGAUGGAGCUUGGCCAUUUAAGGCUUUAUAUGUGAGAAGGAGGGUUUUAAAUUAUAUUCUUGAUUUAACAGAAAGCCAUUGAAGAGAAGCUAGGGUAGGAGAGAAAUUAUCUAUUUUUUAAUUUUCAUCAGAACUCUGGCUGCAGCAUUUUGGAUCAAAUUUAGGCUUUUAAGUACAGUUUGUGGAAUACCUGAUAUUAAAGAAUUACAAUAGUCCAGCCUUGAAGUAACAAAUGCAUGGGCUAGUUUCUCAGCAUCAUCCCUGGACAGGAUAUUUCUAAUUUUGCAAUAUCCACAGAUGAAAGAAGGAAAUUAUAGAUACCUCUUUGAUAUAGGAUUUAAAUGAGAGGUCCUGAUCAAAAAUAAUACCAAGAUUUUUUACUUUAUUUUCUGAGAUCAAUUUAAUCCCAUCCAAAUGAAGUGACUGACUAAUCAGCUUCUUCUUCAAAUACUCUGGUCCAAAGAUGGUAACUUCUGUUUUGUCUCCAUUCAGUAGCAGAAAGUUAAGUCGUCCUGGUUUUAUGUCUACAAGACAUGCCUGUAGUCUAUGUAACGGAUUUGUUUCAUCUGCAUUUAUAGAUGGAUACAGUAUAGCUGAGUAUCAUCAUUAUUACUGUGGAAAUUAAUCUCAUGCUGGUCUUAGAUUUUGAAUGUUAAAUAAAACACUGCUUUUGAUGGCAGUUAAUCAUUACAAUGUAAACCAAACUGUAAAUUGUAACCAUUUUUGUGAAAUGUGUAAUUUGUGAUCUCUUAAUACAAAAGGGACAAAAGGAA